GGGGGGGGGGGGGGGGGGGGGGAAGCAGAGUUAGACGCCGGACAAAAGAACUUCUAGAGCCCCUUAUAUCCAUAUUUCCAUGCGUGGUGCAUGAGGGCGCGCGCAUGGAGUAGUCAUGGAAGCCCCUUUGAGCAAGAGGAACCCCGCGUUAAGAUUAGCGGAUUUGGCAGCCACUCAAGUCCUUCCUCACCAGAACAUGACAGGCUUCCCGGGGCUAGGGGGGCAUCACCCUCUCUCCCACCAUGCCCACCUCCACCCUGGGGAGCUGGCCAACGACCCCGGCGUGGCACUCACUCCAUUCGGACCGGAGCACAUGGCACAAACCAGUGCUCUCAAGCUCAGCCCCUCGCAGCACAUCCAGAGCCACCACGAAGCCCAGACCGCGGCGGCGGCUGCUGCUGCUGCGGCGGCGACCGCAGCCUCCUUCGCUCCGGCUCAGACUACCGUGGGCUUCCCUGUGGCCCACCACCACCACCACCACCACCCGGGAUACUCAAGCAGCAGGGACUUGAUCCUCAGGAGAGAACUCUCAGCCUCCGCCAUGCACGCUCUCGGCGACCAGUCCUCCGCCUCCCCCCAUCACCACCACGGCGUGUUCAUCUCCCCAACAGGUGCGUACGGCCACGCGGACAGCGGGGCCCACUCGCUCUUCUCGGGGCUCCACGAGCAAGCGUCCCCGGGCUCGCACCCACACCACCACGCACUCAAUGGGCAGAUGCGCCUGGGUCUACCGGGGGACCUCUACGGUAGGUCGGAUCACUUCGGGGCCCGGCAGGAUCACUACGGAGCCUCCGCCCUGCACGGCUACAACAACGUGAACGCAGCCCACGGGCCCGCGGGGGCCUUCCUGCGCUACAUGCGACAGCCCAUCAAGCAGGAGCUCAUCUGCAAGUGGGUCGAGCCGGAGCUGCAGAGUGCUAAGAAGCCCUGCUCCAAGACCUACAGCACCAUGCACGAGCUGGUCAACCACGUCACGGUGGAGCACGUCGGCGGGCCGGAGCAGAGCUCGCACGUCUGCUUCUGGGAGGAGUGCCCGCGGGAGGGGAAGGCGUUCAAGGCCAAGUACAAACUCAUCAACCACAUCCGAGUGCACACCGGAGAGAAGCCCUUCCCGUGCCCAUUCCCGGGCUGCGGGAAAGUGUUUGCCCGCUCGGAGAACUUGAAGAUCCACAAGAGGACACACACAGGUGAGAAGCCCUUCAAGUGCGAGUUUGAAGGCUGCGACCGGAAGUUCGCCAACAGCAGCGACCGGAAGAAGCACUCGCACGUGCACACGUCCGAUAAGCCCUACUACUGCAAGGUCCGCGGGUGCGACAAGUCCUACACGCACCCAAGCUCCCUGCGCAAACACAUGAAGGUGCAUUGCAAGAGCUCCCCGCCACCUCCCAACAACACGACCACAUACAUCCCCUCCUCCGCCACCAGCAAUCCGCUCGGGGAGCCCCUCUCCCCGCAGCGGAACCGCUCCGCAAGCCUCUCCCCGCAGGUGACCAACCUGAACGAGUGGUACGUGUGUCAAGGCAGCGGAGGGGGGGUGCACCACCAACACCAGCAACACCAGCAGCAACACAGCCUGCACUCCCCCUCCAGUGAUGUGCCCACCUCAGAGUCUGAAGAUGAGGACUCGUUUAGAGACUCAGACCCCAGGACGAUGCUAUAAUUACCAUCCCUGGGGAUGGGACACAAAAUAGAAAAAAAAACACUCAAUCAAAGCGGAUGCAGUUCCAAAACCAGCUUCCUUCAAAGUAACACUUUUGGGUUUUAAUAUGCAAAUUAGAGCUAAUAAUUCCGAUUCCAUCAACAAGUGUCCUGCCGUCCAUUUAGUGCAGGGUUGGGUCAACAAUUUCAUUCAUCAUUGCCCUUUUAUAAUUGAACUCCUCAAGGGCCAUUCAAAAUUUAUGGAAAAAUAUGAUCAAACUAAUGUUCAUUAUUCAUUAUUGUCCUGACAUUUUAUAAAUUGCUUGGAAAUGAUCUCACGUAUCAAAAACAGCCCAUUAGCCGCUGAUUUCUCACCCCAGAUUUAGCGUGGAAACAUAAUUUGCUUUUUUUUAAUUUUAUGAGCUAUCAUCUGCCUACAAAACAAAACAAAAAAUAUAUAUAUUUUAUUAUUAUUUUGAUAACAAAAUACGUCUCAAGGGUUCUUGCUGUGUUUUGGAUGUUUUUUUUGUAUUAUUUAAGAGGUAUUUAAGUCUAUAUUUUAUGCAACAACAAAAGUCCCCGGGGACCCUAAAAAAUACACUGACAGACUUGGUUGGAAUUGUACAUAUGUGAGUGUACUCAUGUUUGUGAAUGUUGUAGUUUUUAUUGCUACUCUAGAAGAAUAUGUCUUUUUUUUGUACAUUGUAAUUUAUUUGCUGGUUUCAAUGUUGUACUGAAAUUACAGAAGCACCAAAGAAAUAAUGAUGAUAAUAAUACCAGUUUUUGUGGUAGUACCCUGCUGAUAUUUUUGUAACUUUUGUUAUAUAUUUUUUCAAAUUUAAUUUGCUUAAUUUUUUUUUUUUAUUAAGAGAAUUUUUUGUCCUGUAAAAAGACUGACUUGAAUAGGCUGUGUAAUGUGAAAUGUUCAGUUUUUUUGAGAAAAAAAAAAUCCCUCGCAUGUCUUUUUUAAAAAAAUUAUUAUUACUUUUUUAAAAUAUUAGUGAUGUGUCUCUUUUGUUGAGGUGCAUGGUGCCAUUUGUACAUGUAUUUAAAAGAUAUGAAAAUGGGGGGUAAUGACUGUCUUGAACCUUGAUGUUUAAAAUUCAAUUUACGAUAUAAAAAAAAUAAUACAAAAAGCAUUAAUAAAUAUCAGUACGGAAGGCAA